AUGGGCGGCCCCUGGAACAGCAGCGACGGCCCCGAGGGCGCGCGGGAGCCGCCCGGCCCGGGGAUGCAUCCGUGCGACGAGCGCCGCUGCUCCUUCUUCCCUCUGGGGGCGCUGGUGCCGGUGACGGCUGCGUGCCUGAGUCUGUUCGUCGUCGGGGUGAGCGGCAACUUGGUGACGGUGCUGCUGAUCUGGCGCUACCGCGACAUGCGGACCACCACCAACCUGUACCUGGGCAGCAUGGCCGUGUCCGACCUGCUCAUCCUGCUCGGCCUCCCCUUCGACCUGUACCGCCUGUGGCGCUCGCGCCCCUGGGUCUUCGGGCCGCUGCUCUGCCGCCUGUCGCUCUACGUGGGCGAGGGGUGCACGUACGCCACGCUGCUGCACAUGACGGCGCUCAGCAUCGAGCGCUACCUGGCCAUCUGCCGGCCGCUCCGCGCGCGCGUCCUCAUCACCCGGCGCCGGGUCCGCACGCUCAUUGGCGCGCUCUGGGCGGUGGCGCUGCUCUCGGCGGGGCCCUUCCUCUUCCUGAUGGGCGUCGAGCAGGACUCUAGCAUCCACCUGCUCUCCCACCCGAAUGAGAGCGCGCAGAUCACGCCCUCGUCCUCCACCUCGCAGGCGCCGCCUCUGUCCCGACCGUCGGGGCUCGAAGCUGCAGCCGCGGCGGCGCUAUUCAGCCGGGAGUGCCGGCCGAGAGCUGGACGGCUGGGCGCGCUGCGCGUCAUGCUGUGGGUCACCACUGCCUACUUCUUCCUGCCCUUCCUGUGCCUCAGUGUCCUCUACGGGCUCAUCGGGCGGGAGCUGUGGAGGAACCGGGGGCCGCUGCCAAGUCCAGCUGCCUCGGGGCGGGAGAAAGGCCAUCGGCAGACCAUCCGCAUCCUGCUGGUGGUGGUCCUGGCGUUUGUGGUUUGUUGGCUGCCCUUCCACGUGGGCAGAAUCGUUUAUGUAAACUCAGAAGACACCCGGAUGGUGUACUUCUCUCAGUACUUCAACAUAGUGGCUUUGCAGCUUUUCUAUCUGAGUGCCUCCAUCAACCCGAUCCUCUACAACCUCAUCUCAAAGAAGUACAGAGCCGCAGCUUACAGACUUCUGCUGUCCCGACAGUCCAGGCAGAAGGGUGUCCGUGGAAGCAAGGACAGUGGAGGGGACACUGGAGGAGACACGCCUGGCCACACGGAGUCCAGUGCCAAUGUAAGGGCACCAGGGUAA